CACGCACAUCCCUCACCUGCUUCAUCUGCUCUCCUCCGACUCUACAUCCUGUCUGAGAGCGAGAGGCAGAGGAGGAAGAGUACCGACUUCACAGCCUCAUUUUUAAACUACUUUUUAUACAUUUAUUAUACUUUUUUUAAUCCCGACGUUGACUCCCCUCCUCCCCACGGACAGAUGAUACUUCGUUGAGAGUAGAAACGGAGCCUCAGGAGACACCGAAGCGUUUGACCACAAGGACAACAGAGCCAGGAGACAAGUUCUCUCAAGUCCUCUCAACGAAAAUGAAAUAAUCAAAUACGAUUAAACGACGAUUUUAUUCUGGAUUCCGUGAUGUACGUGUGAACGUUUCCCGGAUCCGAAUUGCCGUCGUUCGGACGACGGUAGACGUUUGAUGGAUUUUUUAUGUGGAACCCGCUAGGAUGGACGUGGUCGAUGAAACAGAAGCGUUACAGAGAUUUUUUGAAGGUCAUGAUAUUACCAGUUCUCUGGAGCCAACCAACAUCGACACCAGUAUCCUGGAAGACUACAUCAGCAAGGAGGACGAUAGCACUGACAUCUGUUUCUCAGAGGUCCACAGCACCCCUGGACAAACUUACUCAUCUCCCCAGGCAGGAGUGUCCUCCUCUGGCGGGUUGGUGUGUGGUGUGAGCCCCCCUAUUCCAUUACGUCAAGGAGCCCUCCCGCCUGGGCCCCCUAACUGUCAGAACACCUACCCCCCAGGUCCAUCCCUGGGCCUCCGACACAACUACCCCUGCCUGGGACAGCAGCAGCAACAGCAGCAGCAGCAGCAGCAGCAGCAGCAGCAGCAGCAGCAGCAGCAGCAGCAGCAGCAGCAGCAGCAGCAGCAGCAGCAGCAGCAGCAGCAGCAGCAGCAGCAGCAGCAGCAGCAGCAGCAGCAGCAGCAGCAGCAGCAGCAGCAGCAGGCACACGUCAAGCCUGAGCACAGGGGCCACUACGCUCCAGGGACACUACCAGAGUCUCCCCCAGACUCCAGCUCAGAGCCGUACUCUCCACAGCAGGUGAAUGAUCAUCACAUGAUCAGGACCAUGACGCCAGAGAACAUGUGUCACAUGACUCCGACGCCACCCCUCCACUAUUCCACCAUGCAUCGGGACAUGUACCUCAAGCCUGAGCCCAUGAUAUCACAGUAUACUGUCGGUCCUGCCACAAGUGCAAGUGGAGACAUGCAGCAGACGCAGAUGCUCCAUCAGCUGCUGCAGCAUCCUCAGGGGCAGGAAGGCAUCCCUGUUCACCAGGCCAAGAAGAGGAAGCACUCAGAUUCUCCCAACAGCACCCUCAAUUCACAAAUCAUCACAGGUAUCAUCAAACAAGAACCAGGUAUAAUGCAGGAUGCCGACAACUCCUACUUGGACCCAAACUAUCAGUGCAUUAAGUGGCAACCUCACCAGCAGAACAAGUGGACACCACUUUAUGACGCAAACUGCAAAGAACUGCCGAUGCCAACCUAUCGUGUCGAUGCCGACAAAGGCUUCAACUUCUCCUUGUCUGAUGAUGCUUUCGUUUGCCAGAAGAAGAACCAUUUCCAGGUCACAGUAUACGUAGGCAUGCUGGGCGAUCCGAAGUACAUCAAGACAAGUGAAGGCCUGCAGCCAAUCGAUUGUUUCUAUCUCAAACUCCAUGGAGUAAAGGUGGAGGCCAUGAAUCAGUCCAUCAGCGUGGAGCAGUCACAGUCUGACCGCAGCAAGAGACCCUUCAAGCCAGUGCUCAUCACCUUGCCCUCAGAGCAGGUCACAAAAGUCACAGUGGGGCGGCUCCACUUCAGCGAGACCACAGCCAAUAACAUGAGGAAGAAGGGCAAACCAAACCCAGACCAGAGGUAUUUUAUGCUGGUGGUGGCGCUGCACGCUCAGUCCCACAGUCAGACAUACACUGUGGCUGCUCAGGUGUCUGAGAGGAUCAUCGUCAGGGUAACGUCUGGCCAUGCGUCCAACCCAGGCCAGUUUGAAAGUGACAAUGAGGUGUUGUGGCAGCGUGGCCAACUACCAGACUCCGUCUACCACCACGGGAGAGUGGGCAUUAACACCGACCGGCCAGAUGAGGCCCUUGUCGUCAAUGGCAACGUGAAGAUCAUGGGUUCCCUGGUACACCCAUCGGAUAUCAGGGCCAAAGAAAAUGUCCAGGAGGUCAACACCACAGACAAUUUGAAACGGAUUUCUCAGAUGAGGCUGGUCCAUUAUCAGUUCAAGCCAGAGUUUGCUGCCACCGUGGGCAUAGAGAACACUGCAGACACCGGAGUGAUUGCUCAGGAAGUCCAGCAGAUCCUGCCUGAGGCAGUGAAGGAGGGGGGUGAUGUUGUGUGUGCCAAUGGAGAAACUAUUCCCAAACUUUUGGUUGUCAAUAAAGAUCGUAUCUUCAUGGAGAAUGUGGGGGCAGUAAAAGAACUGUGUAAGCUAACAGACAACCUGGAAACCCGUAUUGAUGAACUGGAGCGCUGGAGUCGGAAACUGGCCAAGCUGCGUCGUCUCGACAGUAUGAAGAGCACCGUGAGCGGAAGCACUGUCAGCCAAUCAGGGAGCUAUUUUAGCAGGACAGGAAGUGGCCCACUCAAGAAGAAAACUGUCAAACCUGGGAGCAAGAACUCACCUCCAGAUCAAGGCUGCCUCAGUCAGAGGUUGAUGCAGGGCGCCAUCCUGGCACUUGUCAUUGUCAUGGCCUUCAGUGUCAUUUCCAUGUCUAUUCUUUAUGUGCUGACUCUCCACCACAGAGGAGACGUCACAGAUGACUAUGUCCCUUCCUGUGUUCUCUACAUCACUUGGAUGCCCAUCUUCACUGCUUCUGUAUCUUUCUGUCCACCUGUGUGCCCAUGGUCCAAAGCUGCUCUGGGAUCUUCACGCAAGAGUCCAUAUAUUCCACUGCCCACCACCCCUGCACCUGCGUGCUGUUCAACUACAACCAUAAACAACCAAUCAACUACAGGUGUGACACCGAGCAGAAACCAAUCCACCACAGAUUUAGGAAGCAUUGUUCCAACACCUGGCAUUUCCAAUAAGAAGGCCAAGUCUAGAAUGAUGGACAAGGAUGGCCACAGCAGAAACCGACUGAGUCACACCUCAGCUCCUUUGUUCUUUGCCAAGUCCAAAAAGCCAGCCCCUACAGACCAGGACAGCGCAGGUGCUACCAACCGUCUGCCCCGGGGUCAGACAGUGCCACGUAGACAACGCAGCCUGCACAUGAAGGGAGAAAGGUCAGCUCCCUCCCUGACUAGUCUACAUAUUGUGGAAACAAACCAAGAGAUUACAGCACAAAGUUGCGCAACACCCAUGAGCUGCAGCUACACAAUAUCACUCCAUGGAAAAAGAAAUUCCUCCAUCUCACAAAUAACUUUAUACAUGAUGUCCACAAACAUUGUGUGGGUACAACAAUGUGGUGCCACGAAGGGACGCUUAUGCCCCAACCACACAGAGGCAGAGCUCUAUGGUGGUCAGAGAACGUCAACAAAGGGGACUCGACACCUGUGGUCAGUGCCUGCGCUCUCUUCCCAGGACGUAACCUAUCACUUUCGUGUCUCCCUGUCUGGUGAAGUUCGUUGUACCACUGACGCAGAAAACUCAUCGUUCUCUGACUACCAUUUUCUCGUUGAAAGCAGCUGUGUGUGAGGAAGAGGAUGAUGUGUUCAGGUGUCUUUAGAUGAGCCACAUUUCUCCUACCAUUUACUGCACAUGCAGUCAUGUUGCAAAAAGUGGUUUUUGAGUUUGACUUAUUCUUGUAUAUUAUAUUUAAAGAGAUUCAUUAUGGAACCAACUAUAUACCACUGUCCCCACCAUAAUCCCCUCCACAUGUAGGUGCACUGAGGCAUUAAGACUGGAUUUUCAAACACUGUUGACAUUACUUUUUAUUUCUGUCUGUUUAGAUAAUUGUAACUUUUUGUGUGUGUCAGAGUUCACUGCUUUACUGAAAGCAACACCUAUGAGUUUGUAACUCAGGUCAUUACUGAUCACUGUGCCUUCUAUACUUAAUAUAAGCCAUAUUUCUUUUCAGCAGAUAAUGUAGAGGUGACACGGCAUCUGUUUUUGUUUCGUUUUAUAGAAGAGUUUGUAUGUACACUGAAACCAGUCUUAACUGACAACAAAAACAAGUUUUUAAUAAUUCUAUACACUGGAGAGCAGACGUUUGGUGUCUGCUGAAGGCCUCAGUAAAUGGUUGCAACUCACUGAAAGUAUACCUCACUAGUGUACACUGGCAAUCCCUGGGUCUCUACAGUGGGUCAUUGUGUUUGAGACUGCUCCAGUCAACUACACUGUCUACUGUCUCCUUUUGCUGCAUCUGACUAAACACUGUACAGAGAGGAAAAUACUGUGUCGUAUAUCCAUCUCAACUGUGGCGCAGAAUGAGACGUCAGAUUGUUUUGUUAACAGUUUAUGCAAAUGACUCCAACUAAAAAGACAUUCUCAUGAACAUUUCUUAUAUGAAGGAGUCCAUUUUAAAAAACAUUCACUGGACCGCAUGCGAUACGACUGGAUAAGUAAACAAGUCACUGGAAAUGUUGAAACACUGACAGUUCUUUGCAUCUGAUAAUGAAACUGCAACAAGUCCAACACUGACAAUAUUUCAAAAAACACUGGAAUAGCUUAUGUUGCAUUUGCUUACUGGACAGAAUGCUGGUAUGGCAGUAGAUUAGGUUAUUUCUAGUGCAUGCCCAAUCAUUUCUUUAAAAUUAUACAUCUUAGAUUAGAGGCAGUUCAAUGUAAUUUUAUUUUAAGUAUGCACACUGCAGAGAUAAAAUUGGGUAUGAUACACUGGGUAUAAUUUUGUGUAUUUCUCUGUAUGUUCUGAAUACGUUUCCUGUGCCUAUACAAUUAAGAAUAUGCAGUGAGUGAUAAUUGUCGAUAUACCUGAAAAUUGUAAAUUGUUUUCCUUUGUGUUAUUGUGUCUUGUUUUGAAAGCAUUCCUGACAUACUCUAACCAACUUCCUUUUGUCAAAUUGAAAUGUAUUCCAUGUGUCUCUAUCCAGCAGGAAAAACACAAUUAUGUGUCUCAAAUAUUACUGGGACAUAACAGCAACAACUAUCAGACAAAAUGUAUGCAGUGCAGU